AUGGCCGCCAAACGGAAGGCAUCGGCCAUGGCGGCCACUGUUUCUGAUGAGCCAGUGGACCCCUCUGAUGAGCUGAUGUUCUUGUGUCUCGGAGGAGGUAACGAAGUCGGUCGGUCGUGUCACAUUAUUCAGUACAAGGGAAAGACGGUCAUGCUUGAUGCCGGUCAGCAUCCCGCAUACGAUGGCCUCGCGGCACUGCCAUUCUUCGACGACUUCGACCUCAGCACGGUCGACGUUCUUCUGAUCAGCCAUUUCCACGUCGACCAUGCGGCAUCAUUACCAUAUGUCUUGUCAAAGACCAACUUUAGAGGACGUGUUUUCAUGACCCAUCCUACCAAGGCCAUCUACAAGUGGCUCAUCCAGGACAGUAUCCGUAUUGGAAACACUUCCUCCAACCCGACCUCACAGCCAGUGUACACAGAGGCAGACCAUCUCAACACAUUUCCCCAGAUCGAGGCUAUCGACUAUCACACGACACACACCAUAUCCUCUAUUCGAAUUACCCCUUAUCCAGCCGGCCAUGUGCUCGGCGCUGCCAUGUUUCUGAUCGAGAUUGCUGGUCUCAAGAUUUUCUUCACAGGAGACUACUCCCGUGAACAGGACAGACACUUGGUCUCUGCGGAAGUUCCGAAGGGCGUCAAGAUUGACGUUCUCAUCACAGAAUCUACCUAUGGUAUCGCCUCCCACGUUCCUCGCCUUGAACGAGAACAGGCCCUCAUGAAAUCAAUCACGGGAAUUCUUAACCGUGGGGGUCGCGUGCUGAUGCCCGCCUUUGCCCUCGGUCGUGCCCAGGAAAUUCUUCUCAUUCUCGACGAGUACUGGGGCAAGCAUCCAGAGUACCAAAAGUACCCUAUCUACUACGCCAGUAAUUUGGCCCGAAAAUGUAUGGUUGUCUACCAGACGUACGUGGGUGCUAUGAACGACAACAUCAAGCGCCUCUUCCGCGAGCGUAUGGCGGAAGCCGAGGCAUCCGGCGAUGGCUCCGGAAAGGGAGGACCAUGGGACUUCAAGUACAUCCGCUCUCUCAAGAACCUUGACCGCUUCGACGACGUGGGCGGCUGCGUCAUGCUCGCUAGUCCAGGUAUGUUGCAGAACGGUGUCAGCCGUGAACUGUUGGAGCGGUGGGCGCCCAACGAGAAGAACGGAGUCAUCAUUACCGGUUACAGCGUCGAGGGUACAAUGGCGAAACAAAUCAUGCAGGAGCCCGAUCAAAUCCAGGCCGUCAUGAGCAGAACUACGGCUGGUGCUCGUCGUGCUCCUGGCGGAGAAAGUGAAAAGGUCUUCCUCCCGCGCCGGUGCAGUGUGGCAGAGUACUCGUUCGCCGCGCACGUCGACGGCACUGAGAAUCGUGAGUUCAUCGAAGAAGUCGCGGCCCCGGUUGUGAUUCUCGUCCAUGGCGAGCAGCACAAUAUGAUGCGUCUCAAAUCCAAACUCCUCUCCCUCAACGCCGGCAAGACGACAAAGGUCAAAGUAUUUAGCCCCAAAAACUGCGAAGAGCUCCGCAUCCCCUUCAAGCAGGACAAGACGGCCAAGGUCGUUGGAAAGCUUGCUACUAUUCCUCCGCCUACCUCUUUAACCCCUGCCACCCCACAAAACCAACAGCUCGUCACGGGUGUCCUCGUCCAGAACGACUUCAAGUUGUCCCUCAUGGCGCCCGAGGACCUUCGCGAGUAUGCGGGUCUUAAUACCACAACCAUCACCUGCAAGCAGCGCCUCCGUCUUACGGCCGCUGGUAUCGAUCUCGUCCGCUGGGGUUUGGAAGGUGUGUUUGGAAGCGUGGAAGAAUUGCCUGAGAUGCGCAAGGGCCACCCAGCACACAAAGACUCAGUCACCAACGGUGAAAGUAACGACACCGAGAUGGAAGACGGCGAGCUACAGAAGGAAGAGGCUGACGAGGAGGUCGCCCACUUAAUCGCGGCGUACCUCGUAAUGGGCUGCGUUGCGGUGCGGUACCGUAGCGAUGGCGAGGUGGAGCUGGAGUGGGAGGGUAACAUGCUCAACGACGGCAUCGCCGACGCCGUUAUGGCGUGUCUCUUUUCUAUCGAAAGCAGUCCCGCAGCAGUCAAACGCUCCGGAAACUCGCACUCACACUCACAUAGCCCCCCUCCAUUGCCCAAGAACCCUCACGCAAAUGUUUCGCCCGCAGACCGUCUCGAACGGUUCCUCAUGUUCCUCGAGGCCCAGUUCGGUGCGGACAACGUCAAUCCCGUCGCUGAGCCGCGCCUCCCUCCCUUGCCCGAGGACGGAGACGCCAACUCCCAAUCUAAAGCGAUCAAGACGGAAGGCGGAGACGACCAAUCAAUGGACGUCUCCCAAGAGGGUGACCAGGCGGAACGGGAGAAGAUGCUGGAGGCGCGACGCAAUGCUGAGAUUGAGCGGUUGCACAAGAUUGGCAUUCCUGUGCCUGGUGUGCGUGUUAAGGUGGACAAGAUGGAAGCCGUGGUUUGGCUUGAGGACCUAGAGGUUGAGUGCAGCCACAAGGCGUUCGCAGACCGUGUGCGACGCGUAUGUGAGCAUGCCGCUGAGGUGACAGCUCCUCUAUGGGGAUAA